UUCAAUUUCUUUAGAAUUUUACUGUGAAAAAAAACAAGACUGAAAAAAAUUUUAAAAAAAAACCCAAAAAAAACUAUGGAAGAGGUCGAAAAGUCAACUCAGCUUAAAAAAUGUGCAUCACUUAAUAAUUUAAUUCAAAAUAAUCAGUCGACUCAAAUGAGUACUACACAGUCACAAAAUAAUCCUGCACAAAGAGAUCAUCUGUCGUUAUCGCUUUUUACUCCAAGAACACGACGUUUUUCUUGUUCUAGUAAUGGUGGUAAUGUCUCGAGUGUUAGUCCAGGACCUCGUUUAGCACCCAGAGUAUCUCAAUUAAGACAGGAGGAAUGUGCUGAUUCCCAAAAUGUUAGGGAAGUUAAUCACGAGAGGGAGGUGCAUACAGCACUAUCAAUUUCACAAAGCUAUGAGGAUCUCACACUAGUUAUGAACGAAAAUUGGUCAUUUAAAAGCCAAGAUGAAUUCAGUAAUCCCCUUCAUGUAUCAUUACCAAAUAAUAAUUCAUGUUCGUCUCCUUCGCCAACGAGUCGUCAAAGUGUCAUGCGGUUAUGUCCAGCAAUGUCACCAUCUCCAACACGGAGAAGUUUUGCAACGCGUCGUAGUAUGUCCCCUAUUGCAAUGAGGCCCAGUCUUUUAGGCUCCGUCAAACGGAAAUUCGAUAUGGUUGAUGAUGGAAAUUCAUGUUCUAGCUCAUCGCAACCGUACAAAAAGUUCUUUACAGAAAGUUACAGUCGCGGUUCAUCACCAGUUAUGUCACCAUUACCAAUAUGCCCCAGCCCAGACGACUCAUGUACCAAUAAUAGUGAGACGUUCAGCGGUCGAAUUACACCAAAGAUGUUUGUUACAAAAGCCUUCACUUCAACAUUUAGCUCCAUGACUUCGUCACCAUUGUCGACACAUUCAUUUGAAAAUGACACGCCUAGUCCAUCAGCUAAUAUCCCGUUAUCUUCGUCCUCAUCCUCUUCUUCUUCGUCGUCAAAAGAGCAGGAUCGAAUGGAAGUAGCAAGCACAUUAAGUGCUGAUAGUGGUGUAGAUACAAAUAUUGAUCUUGGAUGUGAAUUGACAACGAACGACGUGGUACAAAAUGAUUCUGUUCUAAAAGAUACCGAUAGCACUAGCAAGGAACGAGAUGAAAUGAUUAUCGAAGAAGAAAUUACUCCUUCAAAUAUACCAAUGACGUUGUAGACUUUUUAAGUUUGUUUAUUCAAAAAUUAAUAAUUCUGAAUUAUCCUAAUUAAAAAUUGAAUAUAUGUGAACACACACAAAAAAAUUGACUCACACAUAUUAAUCAAUAGUCAGCUCUGCUUCUCUAUUUUCUCCAUGCUUUGAUUAAGUUUAAUUUAGAGUUUUUUAAAAACAAAGCAAAUCUGAUAGCGCAUUUUUGUGAUAAAAAAUAUAUGCUUUGAUUUUUUGUGCAUGUAUUGUAGGCAUGCAUAAUGUCGUUUGCUUUUUAAUGGUUAAUUAUGGACAGAUUCGUUUGGUAAAUGACUUUUUGGUGCAUUAAUUGACAACUGCAUUGAUUUCCGUUAUAAGCUACUACUCGUUACU